UUUUAGUUUGUGUUUAUUGUAAUCAAACAAACUGAACAUGCAUGGUGUUCUCGGUUCGAAGUGGCCAAAGAUGACUUUGGCUUCAUUUCUCAAGAUGAAAGAGGGAACUGUGCUGAUUUACUGUUUGUACUGCGUAGGAUUUCUGGAUUUGUUCGCUGUAAGUUGCUUCUUACCUCUUCUCACACACAGAGCUAGAGAGCUUGGGGCAUCACCGUCGCUUGUCGGAGUGAUAGGGUCUGUAUAUGGUGCCCUUCAAUUCUUUUCCAGUCCUGUCAUGGGCAAACUGAGUGAUAUAUUUGGAAGAAAAAAUGUUCUUUUGAUUAGCCUCUUUGGUGCAGCUGUAGGUUAUAUUCUGACAGGAAUUCCAACAACAUUACUUUUUCUAGCACUGAGCAGAGUUCCAGUAGGGAUUUUCAAGCACAGUCAAAGUGUUGCAAAGACAUAUCUUUCAGAUGUUUCACCCUCUAUUGAUCAUCCUAAAGUGUUUGGGAACUUUAAUGCAUUUUCCAGUCUAGGUUUUGUAAUUGGUCCUUUGAUAGGCGGACACUUGGCCAUGCAGUCAAAUGGUUUCUCUAGGGUGACUGCCUUAACUGGAUGCAUUUUCUUGAUCAACUUUUUCUUUGUAUGGUUCUUUGUGGCACCAGUUGAACAAGUAAGAAAGCAGUCUUCUACAAGGCAAGAACAUGAUCUACUCCUUGCUGAUGACAUUACAGUAAACAACAAAAUGGCUGACCACAUAGAAAGUGAACUAGAUAGGAAAGAACUGAAGUAUAGAAAAGAACUCAGUAGAAGAGCAGGCACCUCCACAUCCAAUGGAACAAGUAUAUACAAAAUUUCUUCAAUGAGUUCAUCACUAGAUUUGAUAGUAAUUCGUUUUGUGAUGGGAUUUUUGAUGCUAGUCUUUCGCAGCAAUUUCACAUCCAUGUUAGAGUUCCACUUCAAUACAAGUCCAAAAACCAAUGGCUAUAUUAUGUCUUACAAUGGUCUAGUUGGUGGUUUUUCUGGAAUUCUAGUGGGAAAGAUAGCAAAAUUGUACAAUCACAAUGAUGCAAAGAUGCAACUUCACUUCUCACUAAUUCUUAUGGCAUCACUUCUAGGCAUAACAUUUUCACCCAGCAUAUUGUUUAUUCCAAUCUUCAUUACGCCACUGGCAAUCUCGAGUGCAGUCUGCCGUGUCUGCACAACUAAUCUGACUUUCCGCAGGGGCAGGGAGGAUGAGAAAGGUGUCAUGUUAGGGAUAGGGAACUCAUUACUGUCAUUUGCACGAAUGAUUUCUCCUGCUUUAGGUGGGUUUGCUCAGGAGGUUAGUGUUUAUGGGCCUGGUUGCAUUGGUUCCCUUAUAGCAGGCAUGGGUGUUGUUAUCAUAGUACUCUUCCCACCUGAUAGACCCAGAGUAAACAAAAGGGAGAAGAAAGAGCAGUGAGAACUACAUAUGGCAGUAUGCUUUUGAUUUCAUCCAUUUUACAAAGAGCCAUUUCCAAAUAUUGUAUGCCAUAAAAGUCAGAGUAUUAUCAUAUCUUUAAAAAGGAUAUCACUUACUCAUUUGGAAACAAAGGGUAGACAAGAUGAGAAUGGUUAAAUUUAGGGAGCAUUAAUUUAAGCAGACAAGUCAUGAGAAUAGUUGAUCGAAAGCUGAAUUCUCCAAGCUAACAUCAUAAGAGUUGUAUGGCAGACAGUAAGGAGAAUUGCUAAUGGAUUGUAGGAGUGAAAGCUUGGAGUUCAAAUAAAAGGAAAGAUUAGUUGCUAGCCAACUGUUUUGGCUAGCAUCUAAGCAUGUUCAACACAAGCAUUUACCACUAUCCACACAAUUCUAGAGUAAAAUCGUAAUCAUAGUGCCAAUGCUAGUCUUCGAUUUUCUUUACUUGGGGCAAAGUAUUCUUAUAAAGUUUAUAAGUAAAUCUUUAUUUCUUUGAAAAAUUAAAAUACAUAUCAAUAUAAUUGAUAUUUCAAUGUUGAAACAACUCUAAAUUUAUUUCACUGGGAAAUUUUCACAGAUGAAUUCUUUAUUCCCUGAAUUGCAAAAGUAUUUACUGUAUCAUUGAAAAUUGUUUUAAAUUGUGUGUUCUAUAUGAUGUUUGUACCCAACCUCUGGGAGGUGUUGUCCAGUUCAGGACAGAUAAUUAGUCACUGUCAGUGCUAAUUAUUUUUAAUUUCUGGUACACAUGUAGAUGUUAUUUUUGUGUGGAAUUCCACAUGUGAGUAAUGUCAUAUUUUGUGUAAAAUACUUGCAGAUAACAUACAUGUAUCAAGUAUUUGUCUAGACAUAUUACAUGUAAUUCAAUCUAUAUUCAGUUCAAAGGCAAGCAACAACACUUGAAACCAUUAUGGUUGUACUGUAGUAAUUCUUGCAUUUCAAAUGUAAGAAUUUUAGAAAAUUGUCUCAAAUGUAUUUUAUGUUGGACAAAAUAUUUAUUUCAUAUCAUAGAAUUAUUUACUAGUAAGGGAAAAUUACAUUGUGUAGAGCAAAAUAUUGGAUCUGAUGCAUAAUGCCCUGCUCAUGGAAUAUAAAUCAUUAAUGAACUAAACCAAGCGUUAAGUUUCACAUCAUUGUAAGCAAAUUGUUCUCACAUAAAUAAUUAAAGAAAGUAGUAGAUUGGGCUAAUAAAGAUAUUUUGUCAUGUAA